ACGUGCAAGGAGAAGUUCGAAGUUUGAAUAUGUGGGAAAAUCAAUACAUACGACAGCUGAAUGAUCAAUAGUUGCUGUGGAAUGGAUGUAAACAUCUCCUGAAAUAAUGAAAAAUACUUUGGAUCGUAUUUAUCAGAUUACUGUGUUGAAAUAACUCGACAGAUACGACGAUAGAUAUCUUAUGUAUGGUAAAAGUUCGUACAACUUAUACGAGUUACGACCUACCUAUUAUUGUUGGUUUGUUUUCAUCAUUUGAGUUGGCAAGCCUUUUGUUGACACGUCCCCAAAACACAGUUGCGCAAUCAAAAAAUCCGAGUAUUUACGAAGACGGUCCGAGACAUCACGAAGGAUUGGACAACGCGAUUACGGUAUACAUAGGAGACCACAGCUCAAGGGCUGCAUGUCAUUAUUCUGUUAAUUGGUCCACUGCUUGAUGACAUCGUGAAUUGACAGGCAUUCCCGAGACAAGGCGUUUGGGCUCAAGUCCAGCCGUAUCAAGUAUUCUUCGCAUAAGUGUAUAAGAUCUGCCACAGGGAUUAAAGGCCUGUUCAUUCACAUUAGUUCUACUUUUCAAGUCAUUCUUUGUCGUAUGGUUUGGCUGUGGUUUUGUUGUGCUCGCUAAUCGUUAUUCGAAGUCGACUGCGGGUCCUUGGUGUGUGUGCGUGUGUGCGUUACAUUAGAAUUUACUUUCUAAAUUUGAAGUGAAACAGCACGUACAAUUCUCUUCAAUUCUUGACUCGUCAGGAACCACGGUAAUUCUACGGAUAAUUGGGUGCCGUUUAAGUUCUACAUCUAGCAUUUUCACAGCAAAGUUCAUUAUUUUUGCCGUCUGGCCACUGACAAGACUUUGGAUUUCGGUUUCUAAAGAAGAAGUUGGGCAAGGAGAUAAUUUCAACUUUCCGUAUCAGUCAUCAGUGUUAUCGGGGUGAUAUUAAACGAAGCCAUAAAGAUGCUGAAUGGGCAAGAUCCUUCCAGAGGUAAUGAUGAAUCGAAUGAGGAACAAGGCAGUAGUAGUAGAACAUCCAGAGUAACUACCCAGAGGAAAGAGUCGAAAGCUAGCGGCACUAGAGCACCCAAGACCCGUUCCACUGCGGCCAAAAGAAUUCAAAGGGAAUUGGCUGAUAUCACUUUAGAUCCUCCACCAAAUUGCAGUGCAGCGCCGAAGGGAGACAAUAUUUACGAAUGGGUAUCUACAAUCAUGGGUCCUCCUGGAUCAGUCUACGAACGUGGAGUUUUUUUCCUCGAUAUACACUUUCCUCCAGAUUAUCCGUACAAACCACCUAAGGUGACUUUUCGCACAAGAAUCUACCAUUGUAAUAUCAACAGCCAGGGCCAAAUAUGCUUGGAUAUUUUUAAAGAUAGUUGGAGUCCAGCGUUGACAAUUUCUAAAGUACUGCUCUCUAUAUGCUCUUUGCUGACUGAUUGCAAUCCAGACGAUCCUCUCGUUGGUAGCAUUGCUACCCAAUACCAAACGAAUCGUGCCGAACACGACAGAAUCGCUAAGGAAUGGACGCAAAGAUACGCCACAUAAUUUGCGGAGGAUAUGCAUUUGACGAUCUGACUUUAUUGAAGUCACAAAUGCAUUUCUUGAUUUCCUAUAUGCUGGUACAGCAUAUCGACAUUUGUACAUAAAAGACAUCGUAUGUUUUUGUUUCUAGUGUUCAAAGCUUGUGAAAUUUCUCAUCACUUUUAGCAAACUGUGAGCGUUUUCGUAUAUUGUAAAUUUUUGACCAGACUCCUAGAAUUAUUUUGUAGAGUGAUAUUUUUCACUGUCUUUUCAAAUUGUAGUUAUUGUACGUAGUUUGGAAGGGAAAUAAUAAUGAAUCUUUAUUGA